GGCCAACUCAAUAUCUACUUACAUCUAUUCUCCCCUAAUCGCAAGUAACUACAGAGUAGGCUACACCCCCGCAUUGUGCAGACAGGCCAUGGCCCCUUCAAUGCAACCCCAUGUCACCCCCGACAGCUUCUUCCACACAACCUCGCCGCCACGACCAACACUACCUACCAAUCCACCCCCAGCCCCAAUUCUAGUCUAUUUUAUAUCCGGAAACCCAGGUCUCAUCUCCUACUACUAUCCCUUCUUCACCUUCCUAUCCGACAAACUCCAAUCCCUCAGCAGCAGCAGCAGCAAACAGAAAAAACCCCACCAUCAAUUCUACAUCCACGGCCACAGCCUAGCAGGCUUCGAAGUCCAGCCUCAGUCUCCCCUUCCCACGCAUUACCACAAUGUGGAAGACCAGAUCCAGUUCAUCCAGCACAAGCUCGACUCCUUCGUGCAAGCCACUACUACUGCGCAAUCAUCUAGGACCGUUAGGCGGCCCCGCGUCAUAAUCAUGGGCCAUUCCGUGGGCACCUACAUCGCCAUGGAAGUGAUCCGGCGCCAUCGCGAGCGCCAAACAUCUGCCCACGCCAAUACCACUUCUACUACUGACUUCGGCAUCAUCGGCGGCGUGAUGCUCUUCCCGACUGUCAUGGAUAUAGCCAGUUCUCCCUCGGGGAAGAAGUUGACUACUCUAUUAUCACUCAUCCCCCACCUGGCACUAAUCGUCUCCAUUUUUGCCCGCUUCCUCACCACCCUCCUCCCAGACUUCGCUCUCCGUGCCCUAAUCAAACUCUUCAUGGCCGAUCCGCCAUCCCAGGCUGUCGAUACUACCUGCGCUUUCUUGAAGAGUAAGACAGGCGUGAGGCAGGCUUUACACAUGGCCGCUGAUGAAAUGCGCACCAUCACGACGGAUAAAUGGAGUGAUGAUGUCUGGGGAAUAGCGUCCUCCUCCUCCUCCUCCUCCUCCUCCUCCUCCUCCUCCCCCUCUUCCUCUGGAGGAAAUACAGACGACGACAAGGUGCAUAAUGAUGAUACUGACUCAACUUCUCGGAUGUUCUUCUACUUUGGACGGAAUGAUCACUGGGUUGCGGAGAAGACGAGGGAGGAGAUUAUCCAGGCUAAGGCUAAGAGUAGUAGUAGUAUGGUGGGGGGUCCGACUAUGGUGGUUUGUGAGGAUGGGUUGCCGCAUGCGUUUUGUUUACGUCAUAGUGAAGUUACGGCGGGGAAGGUUGCGGGGAUGGUUAUGGAUAUUGUUGAUGGUUGAUGGUUGAAGGUAGUGGUUGGUCUAUGUGACGGGGGAAUGGUGUAGAUAUUUAGAGGGUUUCUGAAUAUGUAUAUUGCUAUAGAAGGAUGAAUUAUGGGUAUCUAACGUGUCUAACAUCUGGAAGGCGAAACAAAAGACAACGGCA